GUGAACACCAUGUUCAAUGGGGAGUUCGUGGCGGGUGAGAAGACCGCUAAUAAAAGUAUAAACACGAGAAAUCGUGAACUCUUUAAGACAUCGGAUUUGCAAGAGUGGUUCACGCAAUACGUGAUCGAACCCACCCUAGCGUCUCUCGAGGAGUUCCAGGAGCGCGAUAGCGGGUGGGCAUUGUCGCGUAUAUUGAACUUGACCAUCAACGUGAACAGACACAAUCCGAUGCACGCUGGAUGUCGCAUUAAAUUACCGGAGAAGAUAAAGAAGAAGAAAGCAGUGGUGAACGUGCAAUCGAAGGACAAUGCGUGCUUCGCGUGGUCGGUGAUUGCCACUCUGUAUCCAGCAGAAAGACACACGGAACGUCAAUCUUCAUAUCCGCAUUAUACAACGGUGCUGAAUCUCAAGGGCAUAGAGUUUCCAGUGUCGUUGAAGCAAAUAAAAAAAUUUGAGCUUCUGAACGACAUCUCGAUAAAUGUAUAUGCCAUCCAGGAGAAGAAGAAGAAGGAAGAGGAAAAACUCAUGAUCGUGCCGAUACGACUCGCUGAUGAGAAGAAGUGCAAGCAUGUGAACCUGCUAUACAUGCAGGAUCCGCUUGACAACGUGGGACAUUUCGCGUACAUCAAGAAUCUGUCUCGGCUGGUGAGCUCACAACUUAGCAGCAAUAAACGAAAAAAAUAUAUUUGUGAUCGAUGUCUACAUUAUUUCUAUACCAACGAGAAAUUGGAGGCCCACACCGCGGAUUGCCAACGAAUGAAUGACUGCGCCAUCGUUCUGCCAAAUGAAGAGGACAAGUGGUUAAGUUUCACCAACUACAACAGGAAGGAGAGAAUACCGUUCGUCGUGUACGUCGAUCUGGAAUGUAUCCUGCAGAAGACGGAGGAGGACGACCCGAAGCUGUACCAUCGUCACCAGGUAUUCAGCAUCGGGUAUUACGUGCGAUGUAAUUAUGAUGCGUCAUUAUCCGGAUACCGAUCCUGUCGCGAUACCGACUGCAUAGCGUGGUUCGUCGAGAAAUUAAAAGAUUUAGCGCAUCGCGUGAAAGCAAUUUUGUCUAUAAAUGUCCCCAUGAAAAAUCUAACACGAGACGAGUGUGAAAAGUAUAAUAGUGCAACGCAUUGUUAUAUCUGCGAGAAACCGUUCGCGUUAGACGACACACGAGUAUGCGAUCAUUGUCAUCUCACCGGUCGGUACAGAGGUCCCGCACAUUCUAAUUGUAACUUAAAUUACAAAGAUUCCUAUACCAUUCCGAUAGUGUUUCAUAAUUUAUCCGGCUACGACUCACAUUUUAUCAUUAAAGAAAUAGCUACCGCGUUCGAGGGCGCUAUCGAUGUAUGA